GCGGACCUCCCGGGGCUGGAGGCCGGCGCGGCCCCCGUCGCCCACAGCCAUGGCCCUCAAGAUGGUCAAGGGCAGCAUCGACCGCAUGUUCGACAAGAACCUGCAGGACCUGGUGCGCGGCAUCCGCAACCACAAGGAGGACGAGGCAAAAUACAUCUCGCAGUGCAUUGAUGAGAUCAAGCAAGAACUAAAGCAAGACAACAUCGCUGUCAAAGCCAACGCCGUGUGCAAGCUGACCUAUUUACAGAUGCUGGGCUAUGACAUCAGCUGGGCCGCCUUCAACAUCAUUGAAGUGAUGAGCGCCUCCAAGUUCACCUUCAAGCGGAUCGGGUACCUGGCCGCCUCGCAGUGCUUCCAUGAGGGCACAGAUGUCAUCAUGCUGACCACCAACCAGAUCCGAAAGGACCUGAGCAGCCCCAGCCAGUACGACACUGGAGUUGCGCUGACUGGUUUGUCCUGUUUUGUCACCCCAGAUCUGGCCAGAGACCUGGCUAACGACAUCAUGACACUGAUGUCGCACACCAAGCCCUACAUCCGGAAGAAGGCUGUGCUGAUCAUGUACAAGGUCUUCCUCAAGUACCCCGAGUCGCUGCGGCCUGCCUUCCCACGCCUGAAGGAGAAGCUGGAGGACCCCGACCCUGGUGUCCAGUCAGCAGCCGUCAACGUCAUCUGUGAGCUUGCCAGGCGCAACCCCAAAAACUACCUGUCCCUCGCCCCGCUCUUCUUUAAGCUCAUGACCUCGUCAACCAACAACUGGGUCCUCAUCAAAAUCAUCAAACUGUUUGGUGCUCUCACUCCAUUAGAACCACGGCUGGGCAAGAAGCUGAUUGAGCCCCUCACCAACCUGAUCCACAGCACGUCUGCCAUGUCUCUGCUCUAUGAGUGUGUGAACACGGUGAUUGCAGUCCUCAUCUCCCUGUCCUCUGGCAUGCCCAACCACAGCGCCAGCAUCCAGCUUUGUGUCCAGAAGUUGAGGAUAUUGAUAGAAGAUUCCGACCAGAACUUGAAGUACCUGGGCCUACUGGCCAUGUCCAAGAUCCUGAAGACCCACCCCAAGUCCGUGCAGUCACACAAAGACCUCAUCCUGCAGUGCCUGGACGACAAGGACGAGUCCAUCCGCCUUCGCGCCCUCGACCUGCUCUACGGCAUGGUAUCCAAGAAGAACCUGAUGGAGAUUGUGAAGAAACUGAUGACCCACGUGGACAAGGCUGAGGGCACCACCUACCGAGACGAGCUCCUCACCAAAAUCAUCGACAUCUGCAGCCAGUCCAACUACCAGUACAUCACCAACUUCGAGUGGUACAUCAGCAUCCUGGUGGAGCUGACCAGGCUGGAGGGCACACGGCACGGCCACCUCAUUGCGGCCCAGAUGCUGGACGUGGCUAUCCGUGUGAAGGCCAUCCGCAAGUUUGCCGUGUCGCAGAUGUCUGCACUCCUUGACAGCGCCCACCUGGUGGCCAGCAACACGCAGCGCAAUGGCAUCUGCGAGGUGUUGUAUGCUGCUGCCUGGAUCUGUGGAGAGUUUUCCGAGCACCUGGAGGAGCCCCAGCAGACACUGGAGGCCAUGCUGCGCCCUAAAGUCACCACACUGCCCGGCCACAUCCAGGCGGUCUACGUGCAGAAUGUGGUCAAGCUGUACGCGUCCAUCCUGCAGCAGCGGGAGCGGGCCGAGGAGCGGGAAGCUGCCCAGGCUGCCACGCAGCUCCUGGUGGACCGGCUGCCGCAGUUCGUGCAGAGCGCAGACCUGGAAGUCCAGGAGCGGGCGUCCUGCAUCUUGCAACUGGUCAAGUACAUCCAGAAGCUUCAGGCCAAGGAUGUGCCGGUGGCGGAGGAAGUGAGCGCCCUCUUUGCUGGGGAGCUGAACCCGGUGGCUCCCAAGGCCCAGAAGAAGGUCCCCAUCCCCGAGGGCCUGGACCUCGAUGCCUGGAUCAACGAGCCGCCCUCCGACAGCGAGUCCGAGGAUGAAGCCCCCAAGGCCAUCUUCCACGAUGACGAGCCGAAGCCCACACGGCACCGGCAGCCUGAGGUGGACGAGGAGGAGCUGGCCCGGCGUCGGGAAGCCCGGAAGCAGGAGCAGGCCAACAACCCGUUCUACAUUAAGAGCUCGCCGUCCCCACAGAAGAGGUACCAGGACUCUCCCGGUGUGGAUCACAUCCCCGUGGUGCAGAUCGACCUCUCGGUCCCUCUCAAAGUCCCGGGGAUGCCCGUGUCCGACCAGUACGUGAAGCUGGAGCAGGAGCGGCGGCACAGGCAGCGUCUGGAGAAGGAUCGGAAGCGGAAGAAACAACGGAAGGAGAAGCGGCGUGAAGGGCGGCACCGGCGGCAUAGCUCGCUGCACACGGAGAGUGACGAGGACAUCGCCCCAGCCCAGCAGGUGGACAUUGUCACCGAGGAGAUGCCGGAGAAUGCCCUGCCCAGUGAUGACGAUGACAAAGACCCCAACGACCCCUACAGAGCCCUGGACAUCGACCUGGACAAACCCUUGGCUGACAGCGAGAAGCUGCCUGUCCAGAAACACCGCAACUCCGAGACCCCACAGUCCCCUGAGAAGGACGAUGCCCCCGUGGCAGAGAAGAAGAGCAAAAAGCCGAAAAAGAAGGAGAAAAAGCAUAGGGAGAAGGAGCGGAGGAAGGAGAAGGUCAAGGACAAGGACAAGGGGAAGGGGGAGGACCUGGACUUCUGGCUGUCCACCACGCCGCCACCUGCCGCAGCCCCAGGCCCCACCCCGUCCUUGCCCGAGGUGGACGCCGCUGUGACUGCCCCCACGGAAGAAUGUGGGGCGCCCCCCGAGGAGGAGCCCGAGCGGGAGGAGGAUGAGGAGGAGCUGGAGAAGAAGCCUUCUAAGCAUAAGAAGAAGAAACACAAGAAGGAGAAAGAGGAGAAGUCCAAGGACAAGAAGAAAUCCCGGAGGAAGAAGCUCCCCAGUGAGGCGGAGGCCUUGGGGGAACCGGUGCAGAAUGGGGCCCUGGAGGAGGAGGAGGAGGAGCCUCUGCCGCCCAUGUCCAGCUACUGCCUUCUUGCCGAGAACACCUAUAUUAAAAUGACGUACGACGUGCAGGGCAGCCUGCAGAAGGACAGCCAGGUCACCGCCUCGGUCAUCCUCGAGAACCUCAGUCCCAGCUUCCUCAAGAACAUGGAACUCAACGUGCUGGAUUCGCUCAAUACCAAGAUGGCACGACCCGAGGGCACCUCAGUCCACGACGGGGUUCCUGUGCCCUUCCAGCUGCCCCCAGGUGUCUCCAAUGAGGCAAGGUUUGUGUUCACAGUACAGAGCAUCGUCAUGGCCCAGAAACUCAAGGGCACCCUGUCCUUCAUUGCCAAGAACGAUGAAGGCUCCACUCACGAGAAGCUCGACUUCAAGCUGCACUUCAGCUGCACCUCGUACCUGAUCACUACACCCUGCUCCAGUGAUGCCUUUGCCAAGCUGCUGGAGUCUGGGGACCUGAACAUGAGCUCCAUAAGAGUUGAUGGCAUAACCAUGUCCUUCCAGAACCUUCUAGCCAAGAUCUGUUUCCACCAUCAUUUUUCUGUUGUGGAGCGAGUGGACUCCUGCGCCUCCAUGUACAGCCGCUCUAUCCAGGGCCACCACGUCUGCCUCCUGGUGAAGAAGGGUGACAACUCCGUGUCAGUAGAUGGCAAGUGCAGUGACUCGACCUUCCUGGGCAACUUGCUGGACGAGAUGAAGGUGACGCUGGCCCAGUGCUGA